CUAGAAGCCAGGAGGACUCGAGGCGAAGAGAAAAAAAUUCCAAGAAUUCAGCAGGCUCGAUAUCGGAUACGGCGAGCUAUGGGCUGGUGGAAGCCAAUGAGGAUCGAGCUCGAAUGCAACGUUUGAUAGAGGACUCAAACCUCCUCGAUGCAUCCGGAGAGUAUAGCAUCGUCAAUCAACUCCAGGACGCAUCGUCCGGUCACGUCAUGCAUCCAGCACAGAGGGGAGGCCGAGGAAAGAGCCCGGGUCCUUCGGAGCAAAAGGGAACAGCGGAUGUCACCCUUGUGACCCAGACAACUUUAAAUCAUCUCGGACAUAUCGAAUCACUCGCCGGUGGAUGGGGUGGCCCUCUGUCGGUGGCCAUUUUCGCUACUGAUCUUCCGGAUGUCGUCGAAGCUAUUAUCCAAUUGCGCACUUGCUCUUCCCAAGUAAGACAUAAUGUGAGUUUCCACCUGGUUUAUCCGCUGCGUUCGAAGUCUCUCUCGGGUCAUGUCCAUCCGAGUGGGGCGUCUUACUUGAAGGAUGGCGGAUGCGCCACUCUUGUCGAGCGGCUCAGUGAUCUCUCUCGGAAAACGAAUUAUGAUCACGGGGACGAAUUCCCCGUGAACCUCUUACGGAACGUUGGACGGAAAAACUCGAGAACGCAGUUCGUUUUCGUAGUUGACGUCGACCUCAAAGUCAAUGCAGGUCUCCGCGACGCGUUUGUACAUUUCGCCAGAGUGAACUCUUUAUUUACACAACAGUACGCCGAAGGUCCUAACGAAGUUUUUGUAGUGCCAGCUUUCGAGGCGCUCGAAACCAUUCAAAUGCCAAAGGAUAAAUAUGAGCUGGUAGAUCUCCUUAGCAAUAAUCAGGCUCGUCCAUUUUACACCGAGUUGUGUCACAAGUGCCACAAGCACACUGACUACGAAACAUGGCUUAAAGCGCCUGUUGACGGGAACCGUCUCGAAGUCCUGUAUCACGUCACGUGGAAAGACCCCUGGGAGCCUUUCUAUUUCGCGCAUAAUUCUGCACCGCUCUAUGAUGAGCGUUUCCGACAGUAUGGAUUCAAUCGAAUCAGUCAGGCAUGUGAACUUCACGUGGCUGGCUAUACAUUCGCUGUUUUGAAUAAUGCUUUCCUCAUACACCGUGGUCUCAAGUUGCCAAGCUCAUUUCAUGCUGAGAAGAAUAGAGAUUUGGAGAGAAAUCGUCAGAAUUUCAGACAGUUCAAGAACGAGUUGAAGAGUAAAUACAAAGACUCUCCGCGGAGAUGCUAUUGAGCUGUUGUAUGUAGACAAACGUCUUCCUCCUCCUAGAAUCGGGCGUUGGUGUCCGCUUUUUCCCAAGCUUUGAGUGAAAAACAUCGCUGCGGAACAUUACCAUUGUAGUACGUGCUUCAGCUCGAGUAGGUAGGUCUGACAGAUAUCCAGCAACACUAGAUCUACAUGUACACUCCCUAUGAGUUCUCCAAAACGGAAUGAGAGCACCCCUUCAGGCACGAUGACCAUGAUAUGUCAUCAUUGUGAUCAUGGAUGGAGUGCACUCUCAGAGUAUGCUCUGGGUAGAGAACCGAAUCACCGCUAGGUAGAACGAUGAGGGGGAAGAAGGGAUGUUGGGUUUCGAGUCACCAAUCGGGGACCUUCGCAGAGCAUGCUUGAGAGUCCGACUUCGAUCUCUGUAGUUUUGUUUAUACGCUGAGGAAACUGUACAUUCAGUAUCUUACAUUUCUUCUACUCUGAUAAAUAAUCCUUGGAUGGAUAUGGCUUCGUGAAACUUCCAAUGAAGCCUCGCUCGAGGUCCCCACCCCCAAAAAAUGUCCUCGGAGUCCGAAUGAUCUGUCGCAGUGACGCGGAAAUCGGAGCUUCAAUACCUGGCUAUCGACUCGAUUUCGGUGAACCGCUGGGACGACUCUAUACCAUGUGGGCCGGCUGGGGGAUCGGCACCUCUCCGGGGAGACCUAUGGCAUAUCGUAUUCGGUUCGUAUCGAUCCUCAU